AUGGAGCCCUCUAUAGCUUCUGUAUCCGUUGAUAGAAGUCCCGAGAGGACGCCAAACACCUUCUAUGUACACUUAAGCGGGGGAGCGACGGCGAAAGGCUACAGCUCGGGCCCUACAACUGAACAGGAAAUGCCAGUUCGCAGUUAUAACAGCAAACGUGAACUUCAUUGGGACUACGAGAGGCCACCAGGAGGGCGCAGGCGGUCCCUACGUGGUAUUGCUGGAGUGGCUGCUGCUGCUGCUGCUGUUGCUUUGCUGAGUGUUGUGUUUCUGCUGCUGUCUUGCGGAGUCUCCAUUUCCCACACCGCCAAGGCCACCCAAGCUUGGGGCGGCGGGAGGCAGCUCGCGUCCAGCGAGGAUGAAGUGCUAUGUACCAAAACUGCAACAGCAGCGCGGGAAGCAGCAGCGUCAGGUGGAGGAGCGGGAGAAGUAACAGAUGGAGAAGGUGCAGGAGAAGCAGCAGCAGAAGCAGCAGCAGGAGAGGCAGCAGCAGAUGGCACAGAAGAAUCUUCCUCGCGUAAUCCAGCGGCCCCUACUUUUUCUCCUAGAGGCCCCAUUUAUGCAGGUGAAGGCGCUACUGAAGCGUACACAGCAGCAGGGGGAAACCAUGAGUCCUCUGUUUCUCGUUCGGAGGGGAAUGCAUCUCCAGACAACCCUGAGACAGGGCGCGAAGAAGCUGCAGCAGCAGGAAGUGCAGCAGCGGAAGAAGCUCUCGGAACCGGAGCAGCAGGAGUCGUUUCAGUAGGUGAACACCGAAAGGCAGUGCCUCUGCUGUGGCCAGCAGGAGUGCACAAAGCGAUUGCGCUUUCCCCUUUUCUGGGUCUUUUUCUGACUCGCCUUCGCGAGCUUGCAGUUCACUGCAGGGAUUACUUUAACCAACUUCCUCCGCAUCAUGCUCGCCUUGUAGGGGAGGAGCUGUUGCGGUAUGCUGUCAUAGAGCUUGCUGCAUUAAGGCCUUUUUGCACACUUGAACAAGAGAGGCAGAGGGGGCAGGUAGUCAAAGCGUUCAUCCGCCUUGCUAGGAGUUUGGGGGCCCGUGCUAAGGUACGUCCGGCGGCGGCUACAACAUUGGAUAGUCUGCUGACUGCGCUGAAUCUGUUGAAAGAGAGUGGACCCCUUCCCGUCGUUUGGGUGCAAAACAGAGAACAUGCAGCUGAACACAUCCUUCGUCCAGCAGGAGCCGCUCUGCGGCAUAUGGGUACUGCUGUCAAUAGCCUGCUGGAGAGCCUCCAAGGGCAUCCACCGGCAGUUCCCCCCGCUGUAUUGGCAGCACAGGUCGCUGUUAUUACUGCCGUCACCAAGGCGAGGCUAUUGCAGGCGCUAUCGGAGGACGCUGCUGCGCAGGCGCUGCACCAGCUGCAGAGCAAGUGCAGCCCCCUGGCCAUAUUCAAUCAGGAUGAUGUCUUGCGCUCUCAACAAGUGUUCUUUCCAGGUAAUGGGCCGGAGAAGGCACGCGUAGUCGACGCGGCAGCAUGGGAAGCAGAGGCUGCUGCUGUAGCAGCAACUGGACAAGGCGGCACGCGCGCACAGCCGAGAAUGACAGCGGCAGGCGCUGCUGUUGCCCCUGCUGCGGGAGAGGGUCGAACCGCACCUGGCUGGCUCGCCAUCGCUGGGGUCGAGCAGCAACGAGGCGGGCAGCAACUUCCGCAGCUGCAGCAGCAACAAGAACGUGCUUUUCUGGAGCAGCGGCCGCUGCAACAACCGUCUCCUGCUGCACAGCCCCUAUCCCGACAAGGAGGGAUAUCAGCAGCAACACGAGGGCUCACUGCAACAACAGCUGAAGCGAUGAGAGUCAUGGGGGUGGAAGGUUUACGAUCUCCGUUGACUGCGCCUUCCUUUCCUCCCCCGUUACUUCCCCCCAUGCUCCCCCAUGUCCCUUUGCCUCACCCCCCUCCCCUUCAGCUCCUGCCCGCCACACCAGCAAGUAGUUCCUUCUUCCUCCAGUCUUUGCCUCAGAUGGGCAUACAGCAGAUGCAAUUGGGACCGUCACCGCAACAGCAACAGCUGCACAUUGGACUGUGGAGUCAUUUGCCUCAGCCGCACCUGCAUGCAGGGGAAGUGUGGGGGCCUUUGCUGCCGCAGCAGGGACUAAAUCAUUUGUGGUACGUUGCGGGGUUCGACAGGGCCGAUGAGGGUCCUUCACGCGCUUUCUUACAACCGUCAGGGGACAUCGCACACGUUGCCUCUCUUCCGACUUCCGAGAGCAGUUACAGUGAAAGUAUUGCUGAGAGGAUGGGGUCGAUUCAAGGCCGCACUUUCGCCACACCGGUAGUACCACCUGGACCGACAGAAACAGCAUAUUCCGAGGCGCAUCAACCGCAGCAACAGCAGCAACAGCAACGGCCACAGGCUGCUUCUCGUUGGUUUCGAGGCACGGAUUAUACAGUGCCGUUAGCAACACAAGAAGAAGCAGCAAACCGAGGUGCGCAGCUGCUGCACCAGCACCAGCUGCAACAGUUGCAGCAUGCUUCUGCUGAUCUGUGGAGUUUGGGCGACAUUGCGAGCAGCAACCGACAGGACAUUCUUCGAGGGUCAUUGGCUGAGCAGUCACCUCCAACACAGCACCAUGCUUCAGGUGGAGAUACACCUCAGACACCGGCACAAACUCCUGCAAUUGACAGCCGCCCUACCGCAGACCCGAAUAGUGGAGUCAAGUGA